ACUGACAAAAAUGUAUGCUGUCAACUCAGUGUGCUGGACAGGAUAAAGGGCUCAGUCAUGCCUUUGCCAGGACGGAAUUUCGUCAAACACCACAUUCGAAAUAACCCUGAUCUCUAUGGUCCUUUCUGGAUCUGUGUGACUCUAGUGUUCUCAGUGGCCAUCAGUGGAGACCUCUACACAUUUCUGAGUAAUAUGGGAGACCCAGGGUUUCACUACAGACCUCAAUUCAACAAAGUCUCGAUCGCAGCCGUCACGGUGUUCCUCUAUGCAUGGCUGGUGCCUCUAGGAGUUUGGGGCUUCCUAACGUGGCGUCAAAGUGUUGAGAGACACAUCAGCGGUUACACGUUUUUAGAGACUGUGUGUGUCUAUGGCUAUUCUCUGUUCAUUUAUAUCCCUGCCUCGAUAUUAUUAACCAUUCCUGUCUACUGGCUCGAGUGGCUAUUGAUUGUCAUUGCCAUGGUGAUCUCGGGCUCAGUGUUGGUAAUGACGUUCUGGCCGGCUGUUCGCGAUGACACGAGACUAACAGCAUUCGCUACCAUGGCAGUAAUAGUGUCACUUCAUGCCCUUCUGGCUGUUGGCUUUAAGCUCUACUUCUUCAAAACGCCAACAAACACAGGAUCAUCGCACUCCGGACAACAGACUACCCCAGCUGCAAAUCACACAACACUUGCUGUGGGAAAGCAUCAAUGACCAACUGAAUGGGAACCUAGGAGACUUUAUAUUCAAAGGACAUGACAAAUGUGUUGUAAUUAUGAUAACUGAGCAAUGAAGGAGUUCAGAUUAGUGUGCUGAUGCUUGAUGCACACAAGCAUUCCCAGCAAACACAUUGAAAGUGUUUCCAGUUUGUAACCCAGCAGAUAAAAUAAUCUCCCUCAGAUCACAAGUAAAAUCACAGCGACUUACUGAUGACUUUAGUUUGUAAUAUUUUUCUCUAAUACGUAAAGUGACCAGCCUGAUAAAUAUUUUGUUAUGUGUUAUGGUCACUUAUUUUUUUGUUUCCUUCAAUCAAACUAGAGUAAUUUAUAAGAGUGAUCUUGUAUUACAGUGAACUGAGUUGAGGUUUGCCUUAUAACCCCUGACUGCUUUCUUUCCUUGUAGGCUACUUUCUCUUAUUAUUCUGUAAGUUGAGAGGAAGUACCUGUAUGAAGUAUUUAAUGUUGCUUUCCUGGACAGUUUUCUGCUUGACACUGUGGAUUAAAAUCAUUCUUGUCAGGGUCAAA